AUGGACACGUUUAUUGUUUGGGCUUGCUUAAGCUGGUCGCAGGUGCCGUUCCUCAACCUCAAUUCUUGCCAAACUCGUCCUUUCACACGAGCUUCGUCUGGUGGCGUUAAGGAUUAUGAGGAGAGGGAGCGGAUUACGGUUGUGAAGCUGGGAGAGAAGAAUGAGAUGCCGGAGCCGAGGACGCUUCCUGUUGCUGAGGCGGCUAAUCUGCUUGUGGAUAUUGCGAUGGGACACAGGGAAUGGUAG